CCGAAUCCGAAAGCGAAACUGAAAGGGAAAGGGAAACCGAUACCAAAACCGAAAAACGAGACUGCAACGAGUGCUGCAACUUCGGACUUGGGGGGAGGCAUGCCACUCGCACUCGCACUCGCGUGGCAACAAUCGUCCAGGGCACACGGCACUCACGCAGAGCAGCCGGAGGAGCAGAUAACCAUAGCUUCUGGAGGGGGGCGGUGGCGCCAGAGUCAUAACCCGAACCACGUCCAGACCCGCCGGGAAUCCUCAACCGCCUCAUCUAAUUUACACCGCUUUGAUUGGGGCACGCACGCAGCGCAGCGCACAUGGUGGAGGAGAUUGGUUGCCAGAGACAGACGGGCAUUGUGGUCGCCAUGCCCAGCCAGGUGGCAUCGAGCACCGGAACUCCAGCCCCAGCCGCCGGCGGCAUUCACCAGCAACAGCAGCAACACCAGCAACAGCAGCAACAUCAGCAACAGCAGCAACAUCUGCAGCAGCAGCAACAUCAGCAACAGCAGCAACACCAUCAGCAGCAACAACAGCAGCAACACCAUCAGCAGCAGCAGCAACACCAUCAGCAGCAGCAACACCAUCAGCAGCAGCAGCAGCAACACCACCAACAGCAACAGCAGCAGCAGCAACAACUCACCAGCAAUAUGAGCCUGCUGACCAUCAAAGGCGGUGGUCGUUACCUUUGGACCGAUCGGGAGCUGCUAAUGCAUCUGCAGAACUAUACGCCGCUGAUCCUGCUCAUCGAUUUCGUGGAGAAGACCCGCACCAAGCGAUUCUACGAGAGCUCCGAGCGCUACGAGAUCCUCAUGCUGGUCUUCAUCAUGCGCAAGGGGGCGCCAUUCUGUGAGAACAAGCGCUUUCCGGCCGAAUAUUGGGUGAAUCUCUCAGUGGGACCCAUUGCCGAGGCCUUUGAUCGUCUGCAGGCGGCCAUCGAUAUACCGGAUCCGCAGCUGCCCAUCCACAUGAGCGUCACCGAUUUGACCAGCUGGAAGCAGAUGUUCGACCUGGCCAUGCUGGACAUCAGGCGCUUUGCCUACUACACCGAUCCCUUGCAGCUGGCCGAUGCGGGCGUCUUCAAUCGCAUCACCUUCGAGCAGCGAUUCGGAAUGCAGUGGCAGGAGUAGUGGA